UCUGCGUCGAAUGUCAAAUGUCAAGCGUUGAAGGUCGGUUCGUUGACCAUCGAAUAAUAUUUUUUCAUGAAAAAAAAUCAAGUUGUUGUUUAUUAACAUAAAUAAAAUGGGAGACGAAGCUGAAACUACGAGUUGUACAACAGAAGAUGGGCCCCAAAUUAACCAGGACGAGUUGAUAUUAGCUCAACAGCGUCAAAUUGAAAAGGAAAUUUCAGAAAGUAUAGCGUUAGUUGGAGAAUUAGAGCCUAUAUCUUCUUUAAAUAACGAAUACUCAACUGAUAAGGUGUACCUGGAGAAAGUAAAAGAUUUGUCUUCCAAGUAUAAAAAUAUCCGUCGAACAAGACCCGAUGGAAACUGUUUCUUUAGAGCAUUUAGUUAUGGAAAUAUUGAGAGACUGCUAGAAAACAAAGAUGAAUUUAAUGAAUUUUACAAAUUAGCUGAGGACAGUAAGGAUGUUCUUGUAGAACUUGGUUUCCAGCAAUUCACUGUAGAAGACUUUUAUGACACUUAUAUGGAAGUCCUAAAACGCUUACGUAGCAAAGAGACUGUAGAAGAGGCUAAAAAAGAACUCCACGUAUUAUUUAAUGAACAAGGUUUUUCUGAUUACAUGGUGGUUUAUCUCAGAUUGUUAACUAGUGGGCAGUUGCAAAAAGACCAAGACUUCUUUAGUUGCUUUAUUGAGGGAAACAGAACUGUAGCUGAUUUUUGCCAUCAGGAGGUGGAACCUAUGUAUAAGGAAAGUGAUCACAUCCACAUUAUUGCUGCUUGCGCCGCCUUACGUGCAGGGGUAAGAGUGAUUUACAUGGACCGUGGCACAGGUAGAUCUUGUACAGAACACGAUUUACCUGAAGGGUGCACCCCAACAGUUCACUUGUUGUACCGUCCUGGACAUUAUGAUAUUUUGUACCCAUAACAAGUUUAUGUUUUGUAUUUUGUUUUAAUUUUUUGCCAAUAAAUCUUUGUUAAAAGAAAAA